CCUGUGCUGAUCAAAGGGCAGCAGGAGACAGUCAGCAAGCACUGGGGUCGUGGUCCAGCACGUACAAGAGAGAAAUGUCUUCAGAUGAGUGGUCAGCAGCUGAGGACGAAGGCCAGUUGUCCCGACUCCUCAGGAAAUCAAGAGACUCCCCCUUCGUCCCUGUGGGCAUGGCGGGCUUUGUGGCUGUGCUGUCCUAUGGUCUUUACAAGCUAAAUUCCAGAAGAGAUCAGAAGAUGUCCCUUCAUUUAAUCCACGUGCGGGUGGCUGCCCAAGGAUGCGCCGUGGGGGCCGUGACUCUGGGUGUCCUCUACUCUAUGUAUAAGGAUUACAUCAGACCUCGGUUCUUCGAUGCACCGAAAAAAUAAAGCCAGAGGCUGGACUCGAGGAAGACCAGCGCCGUCCUUCUCGGUGCUGAUCGUCAGAAAAAGGAAUUUCUCGCUGUG